GAGCAUUCAUCUUACAUCCCACUCAGAGUCUCAGCAUCCUCAGCCAGCUGACAUCAGCCUGCGUUUCCUUGGCCAUAGCACAGCCACAGCCCCGUCUCACAGGUUCGUCCCGUCGAACCACAAAGACAAUCGACUCUGUCGAAGGUUCUCCCGGAUACCCCGCCAGCCAGUUCUUGUCCUACAGGCCUCUCUCUCACUCAGACUGUUCUUCCUUCUUCCUCCUCACUGCGCCCAUCUCCACGAACAAGGCUGUUUCCUGCCUUUCCAGCUCUUCCGAAUACCAAACACCCGUCCUACAGCAUCCUCUGAACACGGUGCGGGGGGAACCCGGAAGCGGAUAUGAGUUUCAAAGGGUUCCAGAAGACCCUCGCUCGCGCUCCCCAGAGCUUCAGAGCCAAGUUCAAUAUUGGCGAGAACACUAAAGAUCCAGUCUACCAGGAUGCGGAACGGCGUUUUCAGGAACUUGAAAAGGAAACGAAGGCCCUUCACGCAGAGUCGAAAAAGUACUUCGAUGCUGUCAAUGGCAUGUUGAACCACCAGAUCGAGUUCUCAAAGGCCAUUGCCGAAUUAUACAAACCCAUAUCCGGCCGUGCUUCCGACCCUAGUAGCUACACCAUCGAGGGUAACCCAGAAGGUAUCAAGGCUUGCGAGGAAUACGAGGCGAUCGUUCGGGAUCUCCAAGAAACUCUCGCACCCGAACUGGAGACCAUCGAAAGCCGUAUCAUCAGUCCUGCGGACCAGCUGCUCGAGAUCAUCAAGGGCAUUCGCAAAAUUGCGGUGAAGCGAGACCACAAGAGACUGGACUACGAUCGACACCGGAACUCCCUGAAGAAACUGCAGGACAAGAAGGACAAGUCCAUAAAGGAUGAAAAGGCGCUCUAUAAAGCGGAGAACGAGGUGGAGAAAUCGACGCAGGAAUACAAUUACUUCAACGACCUGCUCAAGGACGAGCUCCCCAAGCUCUUCGCUCUCGAGGCGGAAUUCAUCAAGCCUCUCUUCCAGUCGUUCUAUUACAUGCAGCUCAAUGUUUUCUACACUCUGCAUGAGAAAAUGCAGGGACUGAAUAUUUCCUACUUUGACAUGACCACGGAUGUUGAGGAUGGUUUCGAGAAGAAGCGGGGCGAUGUCCAAGAACGAGCAGAGGAGCUUGUCAUCGUCCACUUUAAGACGAAGGGGCUCCGAUCUAAUGCGAGACCGACGAGUCACAUCGGCAGAACCAGCCACGACACGAAGAGCUCGUAUAGUUCUCAGCAUAACGCAGCCGAUAUUGUCGACAGUCCUCCGCCUCCGUACUCUUCCACGUCGGACGACGGUGCUCACUAUGCAGCUCACGGCAAGGCACAUCCGCCUCCACCUCCUAAGCCCAAGCCGGAGAGAUUGAGUCGUCCGGGGGUCGAAACCGUUACCGCUCUCUACGACUAUGAAGCCCAGGCGCAUGGUGAUCUCAGUUUCUCUGCGGGCGAUGUAAUUGAGAUCGUACAUCGAACUGAUAACCAAAAUGAAUGGUGGACUGGUAAAGUUGAUGGAAGGGAAGGGCAAUUUCCAGCAAACUACGUUGAACUGAACAAAUAGAUUGUUCAAUGUUCAUCUUUCUUCACCCAUCUCAUAUUAAUACUCGAGGUCUUCUGUCCUACAGGUGUUCAAGGGACGCUGUGCUGCGCAUUGAUGCUCCCUUGGUCGUUCUCGACCCUUAUCCAUUGUCUGCUCAUUUCUCACAAGCAGGGGGGGGCUACUCUAUCUCACAGGUCCAUGGUCUAUUUGCUUACCCCGUACAUAGCUUCGGUUGUCAUUCUUUAUCCCAAUCACCUGGUUGAAUAAAAGAUGAUAACUCAAACUUCCCCCGGAGCCCUAUUGCCCCGGCAGACUAUGCUCCCUUGCGCCCCGUUGAUUAGAAUCUUCUCAAGUUCAUCCUGAACAUAUGUGUUAAUGCUCAUAUUUCAAUUCAAAAGACAUACCAUGCUUCUAUACGAC